AUGCUCCAUUCGAGAAUCCACAAGAUUCAAAAGAUUGGUGCCCACCAACCCUGCAUCUUCGUUCAUGCUGGCGCUGGCUAUCAUAGCGUACAGAAUGAGAAAGCCCACCUCAAAGCCUGUGAAGAUGCUUGCAAAGCCGCCAUGGCCAUUCUCCGUACUGGUGGCACUGCCGUGGAUGCCGUCGAAAUCUGCAUAAAAGUACUGGAAGAUCGUGAGAUCACCAAUUCUGGUUAUGGAAGCAACCUAGCUAUCGAUGGAGUUGUUGAGUGCGAUGCCACCGUUGUUGACCACCACGGUCGCAGUGGCGCUGUUGGUGCAGUCUCACAGAUCAAGAAUCCCAUCUCGCUGGCUCGCGUACUUCUGGAUCGCAGCACCCAUCUGCUCAGCCUUCGCCGUGUCCCUCCCAAUCUCUUGGUCGGCCAGGGUGCCAUCGAAUUCGCUGCAAGUGCCGACAUGCCCAUCCUCCCGUAUGAUGCCCUGGUCUCUCCUGCUGCCAAAGAUCGUUGGAAGAAGUGGAAAGCCGAUCUCAACACUGUGGAGGAGAAGAGCAGAAGAAGCUCGGCAUCUCAAACCAAACUAUCCAGCUCAGCCAACGCUACACCAUCUUCGCAGUAUUUGACGUUCGACCCGGAACAUCGUGUGCGUGAACAGAUGCGUCGGGCCCAUACUCGUGCCCUGGAAGCUGGCGUCUGGAACGAAGCGCAGCCUAUCACUCCGCUCCCAUCUUCCGAUUCCCUCGCAUUGCCACCACCUGUUUCAAGAGUCUCGUAUAACGGAAUGCCUGCAAACAACAGAAACAUGAACGGUCUUCCCGACCCUUCUCCGAUGAUAUACACUGAUCCAUACGGACCACCCGGACCUCGUUACAUCUUUGGUAAUGCUCCUAUGACCAACGGCGGUUACGGCAAUGCUCCCAUGGCCAACAGUGGUCGUCGACUCAAUGAUGGUCACUACUCUGGAGCUAACUUCUCGUUCGCCGAUACCAUGGACAUUGAUGAUAUUCAAGGUCUAUCCGGUGGAAUUUACGGCUCACGCUACAGUGACCGCCAUGAUGGUUCCUCCGCUGACUCGGAACUCGAACUCGAAUCCAGUUCUGCAUCAUCAGAAUCUCUGCAACUGCCAUCAAUAACCCCAAGUCCUGAACUUGAACCCAUGCCAGAAUCUCUUCUGCCUGCUCUGGAAGCUAUUGACGUCGAAUUGCCCGAGAGCGAUGAAGCGAUGGAAUCACCGUCAACAGAUCAUUCGGCCACUCUUUCCCCUGAGUCGAACCAUCCUCCACCCCCGCUUCCGCCUACUCCUCAUAUCGACAAGGAGGAUUACAUUACGGACACUGUUGGCGCCGUCGCCAUCGACAGCUAUGGUAACAUUGCUUGCGGCGCAUCAUCUGGAGGCAUUGGUAUGAAGCAUCGUGGUCGUGUUGGACCUGCUGCUCUAGUUGGUGUUGGAUCUGCUGUCAUACCAGUCGACAUCGAUGACAAGGAUCGUAAUUGUGUAGCAGCAGUCACAAGCGGAACAGGUGAGCAUAUGGCCACUACUAUGGCUUCUACAGUUGUGGCCGAACGUCUUUUCAGCAAUGUCAAGAAGACAAAGACCGGUAUUGUUCAGACUGAUGAAUCGGAUGCGAUCAAGUCGUUCAUCGAGAACGACUUUCUGGGUCACCCAAGCGUCAAGCACAGUCAUUCAGCGGGUGCAAUUGGUAUUCUGGCCGUGAAGAGAACUCGCGACGGUAUAUACUUAUAUUUUGCUCACAACACGGAUUCAUUCGCGUUGGCGUCGAUGCAUGGAGGAGAGCAAAAGCCCGUCGGCACAAUGUCUCGCAGUGCAGGCAACGGAUCAAUUGCACAGGGCGGGCGUGCUGUCAGACUCAAGCCGGGCAAGAAGUCGACUUGA